UUUGAAUUUCUCCUCUUCAACAUGAAGUGCAAAUCUUGCGAGUGCAGCUUCCAAGAAUUUAUCACCGAUACCUGCAAGCAGUGCGACGAGGACCACAAGGCCAAGGUCGCUUUUCUCACGGCCACCCAGCCGGCUUCCUUCUCCGACGUCGUUCUGUUUGCCUCCGACGACGAGGCCGCUGGUCCCGUCCCGGCCCAUAAGGCCGUUUUGGUGAGCCGUUCUCCGGUGUUUAGAGCCAUGUUUGAGAAUGAGAUGGAAGAAAGCCUGAGCGGCACCAUCAAGAUUGGCGAAGUGUCCUACCGCACCCUUGGUGCCUUUGUCAACUUCCUCUACACUGCUGAGGUAUGCCUUGACCAGCAAUUGGCCUAUGACCUCUUUGUAAUGGCUGAAAAAUACCAGGUGCAGCGUCUUAAAGACUACUGCCAGAAAUUCUUGGUAUCCAACCUCAACUGGGACAAUUCACUUUUGACCUACACCUUAGCGCACCGGCAUAAUGCCAAGCAGAUCAUUGACGCAGCCUUAACAGUGAUCACAGACAACAUGGACAAGCUUACUUCCCGGAAGGAGUACACCAAGCUCAAGGAGAAAGAUCCACAACUCGUGUUCGAGAUCUAUGAAGCUUUUCUCUCCAGACAUUCUUCAUUUUCCUUUGUGCGCAUGGCAAGGACGGAGCCAAAAAAAAAUAUCAUGGGCCCCUUCAUAUUUUAAAGCUUGACAAUGAUAACUGGCGGUCAAAACUCUUCUAGUAGUGGGUGAAACCAAAUGCAAAGUAUGUCAGCGAGCUGUACAUUCCUAAUUAGUCUAAGUCAACUAUUUGAUUAUUGUUAGAGUUUAUGAGCUAAUAUGAGCUAAUGAGAAAAUGGAGUUUUGAGAAUAAUGAAGAAGAGAGAGAGAUGAACAAAA